AUGCACGCGACCACUACCGGCAUCCCGAUGCUUCUCUAUAUCCUCAGUAAGACCCUGGCAAACUCGAUCAACAUUUGGGUCCUGUCCACCAAAAUUGGAUGGCGCGCUGUUAUUCCGAUUGCUGUGACGGCGUCAUAUUCCAUCUCAUCGCAUUGGAUAACGGCUAAAACGAACGAGUUCAACAAACAGAAUAAGAUCAAGCGGCAGCCACGGUUUUACACGAACUUUGGCACCAUGGCAGCCAACAUGAGGACAAUCAAGUUUUAUGGCUGGGAGCGUGCGUUCUACAACGUCCGCGCAGAUGAUUAUAACGGCAAUAUUGCAGUACCAACUGCGCUGCGCCUACUGGGCUUUACCAUCGGACUAAUUGGCGGGUCGAUUUCACAGGUGGCAGCGGCGCUGACAGUGAUUUCGUACUUGCAGUCAUCAAACACGCUCUCGUACCCAGAUAUCCUGCUUGUCAUUUCGUCCACAGCUGCGUUGUCAGAACUCGUUUUGUCUGUUGCUGGAACACCAGAGGUGCUUCAGCGAAUGCGCAAGAACGAGGAAGAUAUUGCGAGACUGAUCGUUGAGCCUGUGCAAACAUUUCUGGAUCAUGGACCUCUGAGCGCUACCAAGGCCAUUGAAAUGAGCAACUGCGAGUUCCAGUGGGGCGAAGGCAAAUUCUCGCUGAAGCCAAUCACCCUAAAUAUUGCUGCUGGCGAGUUGAUAGUCAUCAUGGGCAGUGUUGGCUCAGGCAAGUCAUCGCUGGUGUCGGCACUAUGUGGCUCUAUGCAGCUGACAGGUGGUGAUGGCUGUAUUUAUGGCCGUAUCGGGUAUGUCGGCCAGAAGCCCUGGAUCAUGAAUGCCACGUUUCGCGAGAAUGUGGUUUUUGGGCGCGAGUACGACGAGGCAUUCUAUCAGGAGGUGCUUGUGGCAUGUGCGCUGAUCGAGGAUGUCAAAGGGUUCCCAGCAGGGGACAUGUCUGAGAUUGGCCACAAAGGCAUCAACCUGUCGGGCGGACAAAAGACACGGCUGGCGCUGGCCCGUGCAAUCUACUCGCGUGCAGAUGUGUAUAUUAUGGACGACAUUCUCGCUGCUGUUGAUGCAUAUGUAGAGCGACACAUUGUUGACAACGUGCUGACUGGACACGGGAUAAUUAGCAGCAAGACACGGAUCCUGGUAACCCACUCUGAGCAUAUUGCUCCACUAGCCAGCAAGUUUAUCACAAUGACUGAUGGAUGUGUGGAAGUCGCAAGCCAGGUCCCUAUUACAGUCUCUGCCAGUUCACCCCAGUCACCCAUCCAACCUAAUGGCGGCAGCAGCAACAAUAGUAGCGAGGGCGGGCAGGGGAUGUUUACCGCCAACCCAGAAGAGAACAUGCAGGCCUUUGAGUGGCCAUAUAUCUGGAGGUACCUGGCGAUGAGUGGGUACAGCGGUGUUGGCAUCUCUCUCCUGAUUCAGGUUCUCAGUACCUAUGCGAUAUUCUAUGUCGAGAACUUGCGCAUGGAUCUGCUGUCGGACAAGAACCACGAUACUAUGAUGCGAUCACUGCAGCAGUACCUGGUUGCCGACGCCCUUGUUGACGUGUUCCUCAGGCGUCUGUGUACGGCGGCGCGCGACAAUCUAUGGAAGAUGCUCAAGUCAAGCACGCGCUAUAACCCCUAUGGUCUGACAGCAGAGGUUUGCAUUGGCAGCGACAUGAUGCGACUGAAUGGUGUGCUAGAGCCGUAUCUCAACAGAUGCACCUCACUGUUCGUCGAUGGAUGGCUACUGGAUAUCAAAUGGCGGCUUCCUGAUACAUUUGAGGCUGUGGUGCGAGAUCUGAGUAUUGCCGGCAUGAACUCUGUUGUGCUGCUGUUCAAUAUCUGGCGGAGGCUUGAUCCAAAUAGCACACUAACACCGGGCGAAGUUGAAAUGAUGAUGCGGCUUUCAGAGCAGUUCCUACACCGCCUGCGCCAGAUGCUUGGCAUAGCAACCAACCUAGACAAUCACUUGCCGAGCCUAGCCCGCUAUUACACAUACCAGGAGCUACCGCGCGAAGAGCUUGGCAGAAGCACGGGUGCCUCGUUGCCAGAGAUUUGGCCAUCGGAGGGGACAAUUGAGUUCCAGGACUACAGCAUGCGCUACCGCAAGGACCUAGACUUGGUGCUUAACCAAGUUACAUUUGCGGUGAGACGGCAGGAAAAGAUUGGUAUUGUCGGGCGCACUGGUGCUGGCAAAUCGUCGUUGACCCAUGCUCUGAUGCGCAUGGUCACGCCAGCGAGCGGCUCUGUAUAUAUUGAUGGUGUCGAUAUUUCGAGUAUUAAUCUUAGCGCCUUGCGCUCAUCAAUCAGCAUCAUCCCACAGGACCCAGCUCUGUUCAACGGCACUAUCCGCGAAAAUAUGGACCCACUCCACGAGACUAUAGUCAACACACCGACCGAGCUGUACCGCACUGACGACCAAAACAGCGGCCCAUGGGUUGAGGGCACAGGUCUGGACAAAUGGGUGGAGGAUGGCGGCAAGAACUUCAGCAUCGGACAGCGCCAGCUUGUUAGUCUGUGUCGCGCACUGUUGUGGAAGCGCAAAAUUCUGGUUCUCGAUGAAGCAACAGCGAAUCGUGUUAUCCGCGAGGAGUUCAGGGACUGCACGAUCCUGACCAUUGCACACCGACUCAGAACUGUCAUGGACAGCGACCGGAUCCUGGUCAUGGAUCAGGGCAGAGUCGCUGAAUUCGACACUCCGGCCAGCCUGCUAGCCCGAGACUCGCUGUUCAAGAGCCUGGUCGAGAGCAUGGAACUGAACGAGAAGCGCUGA